AUGCUCGCCCACAGACCCGCGCAUCGCCGGCGUCUUUCGGAGGCGGAUAUAGACGAUGAGAGCGUUCCGGUUACCGUGCGGAGCCGCGGAGAAAACUCCGAUCCGGACGCCGGCUGCGUUCGCUGCGGUCUCAUGUUCUCCACCGACGGCCUAAGACAUCUCAACUCUGAAACUGGUUUCCGGCACUCUGUCUUCACCGAGUGUUGCGCGUCUAUUAGUGGAGGUUGUCCGGCGUGUUACUACAUCGCGGAAGCCAUUUACGGCAACAAGGAUGUGGAAUGGGCCGGCGACGCUCCUCUUACGUUUCGGAACCGGUCUUCCUCAAAUAAGCCGGAGAGGACGUCGCCGCCGGAGUACAUUGAUGUCUUGGAAGGAUAUCUCGCGUCGGAGCCUGAGAAACCGGUAGUUACAAUCUACCCAUACGCUAAAAACGGUGACCUCCUCUCUCACUUGAUCCGCCGUCGCCCGCUCAAGCGAGACGUCAAGAGCAAAAAAGUGCUCGCCGCGGCCCGACAUCUCUACAACGAGUGCAAGGAAUCCCAUCCCCAGUGCCGCUACGCCCGUGACGCAGUCUUGCCGUCGCGCGUCCUAGACGUCGGCACCAGCGAGAGACCCUCCCUCAGGCUCUUCGUCAACGAGACGGAGAAGCGGGGAAAGUACAUUGCCCUCAGCUACUGCUGGGGCAAACCCGAACUGAAGAAACGCCCGACCCUGCUCCGCAGAGACACGCUGACGGACAUGUCUAGAGACGACGGAAUCGACGAAGCCAGCCUGCAGAAGUCGGUGCAGGACGCAGUGAGGGUCGCGAGGAUGCUGGGUUUCAAGUACCUCUGGGUCGACGCCCUCUGCAUCAUCCAGGACUGUAACAGGGACAAAGACAAGGAGAUUGGCAAGAUGGCGAUGAUCUACAAGAACGCGGCGGUUACCGUCGCCGCGGGCACGGCGGCCAAGGCGGCGGAUGGGUUCCUGGAUACGAAGAUGGUGUACCUCCCCGAUGAGAAGGUCGUUUUCAAUGUUGCCGGUGGUGGAAAAGGAACGGUACACCUCAGGUCCGGUCCGCAUAUACCUAAACACACGCUCGACGACCGCGGAUGGGUACUCCAGGAAUUCCUCCUUUCGUCGAGGCUCUUGAUCUUUUCGGAAUAUGAGCUGCUCUGGCUCUGCAAAGAGCGCGAACUGCAGAGCGUCACCGGCGGAGAAAACAGCUUGGAGUACCUCCAGCCACUCGAGAGUUUCCCCUGGGUAAACUUCAGCGAGGAACACGGCGACUCGAACUUUGGCAUGGAGGAGGCGGAGCAGAAGUACAUCUGGAAGACCGUCAUCGAGCAGUAUUCCCUCCGCCGACUCGGCGACUGGGAUGACAGGCUCAACGCCCUCCGAGGGAUAACGAGGGAGCUCGAGACGCUGUGGAGGGACAGCAGCUACUUUGGACUAUGGGGUCGAUGGUUCGUGGAGUUGAUGGCGUGGUAUAAACCCAAGGGGAAAGACGCGGAGGAGGUGGAGACGACGAGGUCCGACCGCGCGCCGAGUUGGUCUUGGGCUUCGUUGAAUAGAAGGGUGCUGUAUAAGGAGAGUCUGAAAAGGACAGAUGCCGAGAUGAAGACGGUGGAUAUGGUGGGCACUCGGAGGCCGAGGCAUGUUGUGCUUACUUGUCGUAUAUGGAAAGAGGAGCUUGACGACGAAGAAGAAAUAUCGGAGGUGGAUGACGCUGCUUCAGCCUGUGCCGAGGCUAUUGUAGAGUGCCCCGACCUAAAUAAUAUCAAGGACGAGGUGAAAGAUAAAGAUAUAGAAUAUCUACUUCUGGGGACGAUUCAGCGCGGAAACAGGACGUUAGGUGUUGGGCUUAUGGUGAUCAAGGCAGGUGAUGGGUUCCAUCAGCGUGUUGGGCUGGCCGAGUUUAAAGACAUAAGCAUCUGGGAACGAAUACCACACACGGAGGUCAGGUUAAUGUGA